CAGCUUGCCUACCCUGAGAGUUUGGUGCCUCUUAGAGGCUCCUGCCAGCUGCCUUUCUGACUGUCCUUCCCCCCACCCCUCUCUCUCUUGUAGCAUGACGGGAAGCCCUUUUGCCACAAGCCCUGCUAUGCGACACUGUUUGGACCCAAAGGUGUGAACAUUGGUGGAGCUGGGUCCUACAUCUAUGAAAAGCCUCAGACCGAAGGGCAAACGGCUCCAGGACCCAUUGAGCAUGUUUCAAAGGUGGAAGAGAAGAAGGUCAGCGCCCCACCCAAAGGACCUAGCAAAGCCUCCAGUGUCACCACCUUCACUGGAGAGCCCAACAUGUGCCCACGCUGUGGGAAGAGAGUCUACUUCGCUGAGAAGGUAACUUCGCUGGGGAAGGACUGGCACCGGCCCUGCUUGCGCUGUGAACGCUGCAGUAAGACUCUAACCCCUGGGGGCCAUGCUGAGCAUGAUGGACAACCCUACUGCCAUAAGCCCUGCUACGGGAUCCUCUUUGGGCCAAAGGGAGUGAACACUGGAGCUGUGGGAAGUUACAUCUAUGACAAAGACCCUGAAGCAAAGAACCAGCCCUAGGAGGUUCCUUCCUAUCUGCCCACCACAGGCCACUCGCACUGCAUCCUCAUUACUAAAUUACUGUUUGUAGAAGUAGCUUAGCUCGGUGAUGGUGAAGUCCCGCAUUGGAGCAGACCUUAGCCCGGCUGGUCACAGAGCUGUGCUCUCUCUGCUGUUUGUAUUCUGGGCAGGGUGGCCCUGCCUUCCGGAUUUUAUAAUAUAGUCUAUAAUAUAAGCUUUGAUGUUUAAAGGCAAAGGUAGAAAGCAUCUCUCUGGUCACUCCCAACAUGCCUGACUCUCUCCUAAACCCUCCGUGGGGUUCUCUGUUGACCCCUAUGCCCUCAUUUGCAUCCUAGGCAGUGGGUGAGGGUUGAGGGAGAAGUUUCAUGGGCAUAACUCUUAGUCACCUGGCACAUCAAUUUUAAACCCUCUCCAAGUGGUCUGACCAUGUGGGAUGUUCUGGGGGAAGGAGCCUUGCCUGGGAUCCAGUUUGCAGUCCUGAUGUGAUCCACAGCUAGUGCAGGCACUUGCUGCACUGCCACUUGAAGAGUGCUGAAUUCCAGCUCGUCCCUAUUGAACUGUGGUCCCAGAGCAGUGUGAGACUUGGCUGUUGCUCCUGGCUAUGAGGUUAGAGGAGCUUGCUGAUCAGGGCACAAAUCACUGCAAAGCGGGGUGGGGCAGCCUGUCACCUACCACACUUGCAUCCUGCAAUCCAAAAGUACCAGUUGGUCUGCAUGGGAGCACCUUGUACUGUGAGCAUACAGUUUAAUCUUAUUUUAGGCGGUGCCUAGAGUGCCAAGGACAAAACCUUCUGGAAUGAGCUUGGGAGAAAGCUAUAGGCCUAAAUUCCCACCUAGGCACCAAGCAGAUACAGUUAGGAUAAGAUGUUAUCUCAGGGGCUUUCAACAGCUCAAGUGAAGGGCUUUGUGGCCUUCCAGCUGUGUCUGUCAUCCCAUGGCUUGCUGGCUUUCUAGGGCAGAAGGUCUGGUCAGUGGCUAUACAGCUCGGGAAGUGCUGUGUUAUCUGGGAGUCAGUGACCAUCACCACGUUUCUUUCCGAGGUAAUGCUCUGCUAUGUCAUUUGGCAAACUGUUGCCUCAUUCUCUUCACCAGGCAGCUGUACUGGGAGCUUGGAUUCUGCGGGAACCAGCCCUCAGUAUGCCAACCCUGUGUUCUUUCCCAGCAGUGGGGGGAGUCCUCUGUGUUGUGGUUACGUCCCAGGGGAGGAUACCGUGCCGCUGCUUCUGAGUGUUGUUCUGCAAGGACGGGUCAGUAGGUGGUCUCUGGAUUCUAGUAGCUGUGCUACCCAGUACAGCCUGGUUUGUAGGAAGAGUGUGUGACUGCAGCUCACAUCCCUCUGAAGUGGCACUGGGCAUGAAGGUGAGCACUGCAAUCUAAGCUGGUCUGGGAGGGAGCAAUCCCAGUGGUACACAAGGCACCAUGUCUUCACCAUAGGGGAUCUCUCCAUUUUGGAUGCCCAGCAAGCCAGUGAGGGCUGUAGGGAGAGUCUGGCAAUGUUGGGGCCGUGGCUAGGAAACACCUGAGUAUUGUGAAAUGUACAAGGGCUCCUGUCUCUGCCUGCUUUGAAGAGACUCAUUCGUGGUGUGUGGUUCUUUUUAUUUCUUUGUUUAUUUAUAAGCAGAUGUAAAUGUGCUUCCUGCUUUAGAGAAUGAUGUACACUUCCCAGGUAACCUCCCUCCCUUUAUAAAUGCCCCAGCCAUUGCAUUGCCCUACUCCUUACCUGCUAGGCAGGUAAUGGUAGCAGAGCCACAGACCAUGUGCUCUGCCUCCAACCCAGCUGGGCACACUAGGUUAAGGGGACUUGCCUUGCCAACAGCUGUAUCCCCUUCAGGCUCCUUUCCACCAGAACACCCCCUUCUCCCACAGUGAGACAGCAAAACUGACUCUUUUUGUUAUUUGCUGACAAUAAAAAGUUUUGAAAGACAA